GUCUUAUGGCCGGCGGCCUUGACUGCCUGUGGUGUGUCCGUCAAUCCAAGGGAAGGUUACUUGUCAAUUGCAACAAUACUCAUUACGGCCAUUGCCGCUGAAAUCUUCCGCUUAGGUAUAUAACGAUUAAGGAAAUCUCAAGAUGUCGGGGCCAUCACAGCACAAGUACAGAUAUAAAAACCAAGGUCUAGACUCUGCAGAAAUGAGGAGGAGGAGAGAAGAGGAAGGCGUUCAACUACGUAAACAGAAACGAGAACAGCAGUUGGCAAAAAGACGAAAUGUCAAUGAAAUUGCAGGCAUUGAAGAUGAAGCUGUAGAAGUUUCUAUGAAUCAGGAGAGCCAGCAGGGGGGUUUAGUUAGUGGCAGCCUAAUUACUCAAGAAAUGGUGCAAGCCCUUUAUAGUGAUGAUUUGGAAGCUCAACUUAAUGCCACACAGAAAUUCCGCAAGCUCCUAUCUCGUGAACCAAAUCCACCCAUAGAUGAAGUUAUUCAAACUGGCAUUGUACCAAAAUUUGUAGAGUUCCUUCAAAGAGAUGGCCAUUGCACGUUACAGUUUGAAGCUGCUUGGGCAUUAACCAAUAUAGCAUCUGGUACUAGUACGCAGACUCGGAUUGUAAUAGAAGCUGGUGCUGUACCCAUUUUUAUCCGUCUUUUGAGCUCAGACUUUGAGGAUGUUCAAGAACAAGCAGUUUGGGCCUUAGGAAAUAUUGCUGGAGAUUCGCCAGACUGCAGGGAUUAUGUUUUGUCAGAAAAUAUUCUUAUGCCUCUUUUACAGUAAGUACAAUAAUGCAUGU